GAGCAUAUGCGCGCUGUACAGCCCUACAUGUACAUAUACAUACAUGUAAACACUCGAUACAUGCAUCCAUAUGUGUGUGGUAUAUCCUACAUGCACGCCCGCUGUCAUGGCCGUCGCCGACAAGCGCGCGUGCAUGCGUGGGCCUAAUUCUGUGCAUCACCCGGGUAAAACCGCGGCUUGCUGUUUCGGGCCAAGGCCGGAUAACGCUCCCACUCGCGCUCGCACUCGUGCUCGCACUGCAUGGGCACUCUACUUGUAUCGGCCCUGGUGCGGCAUCAAUGGCUGGUCAAGAACGAAGGCGCCCAAUACACGAUGACGUAGCCGCCCUGUCAACCCACCGUCGCCAUGCCGUGCCGUGCCGUGCUAUGCUAUGCCAUGCUAUGCCAUGCUCUGCCAUGCCUCCGUCCCCAUGCCUACCUACCCGCAACACGCAGCCUACCGACACAAAACCACCACGCCAU